AUGCCCAAGGUUGCCUCGGCGAAAAGCUCGGGCUCUGGUUCGGGCUCUGGUUCGGGGACAGGUUCGGCUUCUGGAUUGAAGAGAAACCAAGCCUGUCAUACUUGUAGAAAACGCAAGCUUAAAUGUGAUGCGAAGAAGCCAUGCGCGACGUGCAUACGAUCGUACCAAUACGCCAAGACCCAUCCUCAACCGGGCGUUGUUCCUCCAGAGACCAUAGACUGCACCUAUGACGAAGUUCCAGGGCUCCCUGAGAUCCCCAGAGAUCGUUAUGAGCAGUUGGAAGAUAGGAUACGGGAGCUCGAGGGACUAUUGCGCGGGCAGUCAUCCGGAAUACAGCAGCCCAUCGCCAUGAAUGAUGUCUCUAGGGUUCUAAGCGUGAUUAUGUCCAGCCCGCCGGAAACCUCUGGUACUAUGGCGCCCCCGCCUUUUACUUCGCUGAGCAACACCACUAUGGUCGAUAACGGUCUAGAUCUCCUGUCGGCACUUGCUAGUGGAACCAUGCCCUCUGGAAUGACAACCUAUCCAUCUUCGUCGCCUGGGAUGUCCCCCCUCUUCCCCCCUACGCCCUCUGGUGGACAGUCGCAACAUUCAUCUUCUGGGUUAUCACCUCCCUCAGCUUCUCCGCCUGGUGCCGGCUCUGACGGGCCGGGACGCUCUCCCAGCGCAUCAGCCCCCAGUCCGCGCAACAACGUCGACCCAUUUAUGGUUGGCUUUGGUAGCGGUGCUGGUUGCUGGGAGGAGCGUCCGCCAGCACAGCCCACGCCCGCGCCCGCGAGGGAUCAGGGCGCGAAGUCUACGCCGAACUCAGUAGAUCUCAUGGAUGCUGCGCUUGGAACUCCGUACUACCCGGACAAUCAGCAGAACCUCGUCUAUACAGGGUGGCCGGAAGAUCUCCCUGCUCCUGAACUCCUGAAGCAUCUCGUAGAGUCAUUCUUUGCGUUCCACCCACACGCAAAUCGCCUUUUCCAUCAGCCGACAUUCAUGAACGACCUCUGUUUACCCCCCACUCAUCCCAGCUUCCCAACGACUUCCGUUCUACAUGCUUUAUGCGCCGUCGGCAGUCAAUACACCGCAGUGAUAUCACAGACUGAGCCUCCUGGAGGAGGUGUCAUGCCUCCGAGCGAGGCUUUUCAGAACAAGUGGAAGCAGCCAGAUCAUACGGAUAGCUUCGCAGAGACGCAUAUCAAGCUCUCCAGACGUCAUACCGAACAGGAUACGCUGCAUGGACGUCGCAUGAUUGACAAUAUGCAAAGUAUGCUUCUUUGUGUGUUUUGGUACUGGUCGAACGGAAAAUGGGUGGAAGUCUUCCUGGUCACCAGUCAGAUCACGCGUAGCUGCGGUCCUCUGGGCCUGUCAAUGAACCUAGACUUUACUCCCAUCUCGACGGCCGCGGUAGGAUUGUCACUCAUCCCUGAACCCCGAGACGCGAUCGAAGAGGAGACGCGUAGGAACAUCUUCUGGCUGUCCUACAUGCUAGAUAGGCUAAGCCAAUCUGGUAACCUUUGGCCACAUGCUCUGCACGAGGAGGACUGCACGCAAGUCUUCCCGGUCAACGCGCUCAACUUUACUCUGGGUGAAUCGUAUCCACCAGCGAAGGAGCGCGAGAGCCUCUUACAGGACGAUAUUAUCCUGCGACACAGCCCGGAUACGUGCGAUUCGUUCAAUCUAUAUCUCAAGGGCGUCACACUUGUGGGACGUGUGAAGGACUUCAAUAUUCAUUUCCGCAGGGAAAAGUUCAAGGCGGCGGGCAGUCACCAGUAUUCGAGCAUGUGGCGUCGCGUCUGGGAAGCCGAGUGCCCGAUUUCAGAAGAUUACGAUUACAAGAACGACCCUCGCUGCACCGGCGCAUUCAUCGAGCUCCAUCAAGCCACCCUUGAGUUCCGCCAUACGUUCCCACCACAUCUUCGCGACCCGUUCGCGCUUGGAAGCAUCGACUCAUACCUAUACGCAGCGUGUCUUCUACCCCACUUGGCGAACAUCAAUCUACACGACCCGCAUGCUCAUCUGGAGAACCGGACUUGCCAGUCUGCGGCCAAUCUCUUGCGGUCCGCGCGCGCGAUACUGGAGCUGCUGUAUUCGGCCCAAUCGACAAGCUUCGAUCUAUCACUCCUGGAUCCUAUCUGUAACCUGGCGUGGUUCGUAGCCGGAAAGACUCUUCUGAGGUUCUGGCAAGUGGCACUUCAGGUCGACGCGCAGGAGCAGGUGCAAACGUUCAAGACCGAAGUCGAGUUCAUCGCGUCCGCCUUGGGACAAAUAGGACAGCGUAUUUUCCUUGCCAAGGGUUACUGCUUGCUGCUUUCUAGUAUCGCGAACAAGAUGUGUGGCGCUAGUCUAUAUUGA